UUCGCGUGCUACCAGAACUUAAGUUCCCCCCCAAAUUGCCUGCUAUAUCCCCAGAAGCCUCGGAUACUAUAAUAUAAUUACACCGAUAUCCCCAGCACGGCAAGAAGAAAUACUAAGGCUACACUUUCCCAUCGCGUCGUACCUUUGUCUGGUUUUUGAAACUUUGACAAUGAAACAGAGCAAGAAUCAAUUGAGGAGGGCACGGCGAAAGGCCCUCAAGUCCCAGGGCUCUGAUACAACGCUGGGGUCCCCAGAUACUAAAUCUAAUGCAACGAUAUCAGCGCAACCUGGGACCGACCUUACCGAUUCUCAUUCCAUUAUCUCCCUAGACCUCGAUGAUCCCCUAUGGAAAAUGUACAAGGAUAUCGCUAGCAAAUUCGAUGAGUCUGAAGAAGUCAAGACACCAGCAAUUGAAACUCAAAAACCCGAAGUCUACUUUGAUGAUGACGCUGAAAUACCUGAAGAAGAGGAGGAUAAAGUAUUCACAUUGUCGAAAAGGAAGCGCAAAGAACUGAAUAAGCUCUCAGUUGCAGAGCUCAAAGCGAUGGUUCGAAAACCAGAGCUAGUGGAUUGGACAGAUACUUCCGCACCUGAUGCACGACUUCUCGUUCACAUAAAAGCCUAUCGAAAUGUUGUCCCGGUGCCUUCUCACUGGUCAUUAAAGCGAGAAUACCUUUCGUCAAAGAGAGGAAUCGAGAAAGCGCCAUUUUCUCUGCCAAAGUUCAUACAAGAAACUGGAAUAACCGAAAUGCGUGACGCUGCUCUGGAAAAACAAGAACAAGCGUCGCUGAAGCAGAAGCAAAGGGAAAGAGUACAGCCAAAAAUGGGAAGGCUGGACAUUGACUACCAAAAGCUGUACGAGGCUUUCUUUCGGUUCCAGACUAAACCGGAACUCACGCGAUAUGGCGAGGUUUAUUAUGAGGGAAAAGAGUAUGAAACAAAUCUUCGACACUUGCGACCCGGAGAGCUUAGCCCGGAACUGAAAGAGGCCCUCAACAUGCCUCCCGGUGCCCCGCCUCCAUGGUUAAUUAACCAACAACGAUAUGGGCCGCCUCCUUCAUACCCAGCUUUGAAAAUUCCAGGUCUUAAUGCCCCCCCACCCCCUGGUGCCAUGUGGGGGUAUCACCCAGGCGGAUACGGAAAGCCUCCCGUUGAUGAGCAUAACAGACCUCUCUAUGGUGGAGAUAUAUUUGGCGUUUUGCAACCCCAGCAAAGUGUGCAACAAGGCGAGCCCGUGGAAAAAGAUCUCUGGGGAGAAUUACAGGCACCAGAAGUAUCUGACGAGGAAAGUGAGGAAGAGGAGGAAGAAAUUGAUGAGGAGGAUAUUGACACGGGAUUACAAACUCCAAGUGGAUUGGAAACUCCAAGUGGCCUGGUAUCAGCUGUUCCGUCAGAAUUUGCUGGCAUAGAAAAUGUCUCCGGGGAGUUUGAUGUGCGGAAGCAUUAUCGUGGAACCCAGACCGAGGAGUCUGUGGGCCACAGAAGCGCCUUCCAGGUUAUACCAGAACGACAGGCGCAGGUGCAGGGGUUCUUUGGAGGAGACAGAGUAUACGACUUGAAUGGAUCAUCAGGUAACUUACCGGUACUCGGAGUCGACGACCAAAACCGGAAGCGUAAAACGCCGGGUGAUGUUGAUGUAUCAAUGGACCCAGAUGAACUUCAGGGUAGUGAUGGAAUUAGCAAGGACAAUAUCCGAAGACUCUAUGAGUCUCAGCGACAACAGGAGAUGAAUCCCAAUUGGGAAUUUCAGGAAGACCUGUCCGAUAUGAUUGCGCACGAGAGCCGGAAGAAACUCAAACCAGAGAAACGGAGCAAACACUGAAGACUUUUCGCAGCCCUCAGUUUCGAUUAUCGAUUUAUACUGGUUAUCUGGGUUUCAAAGAUUAUGUACCAAUAAUUUGAAAUAAAAUGUAUCGGCUUUAUUCCUUUGGCCAUAUUUUC